AUGGUCGGCAUGAUAAACCUUCCCAUCACGGAAGGCUGGACAUAUCUAGAGGAGAUCCUUCGUGAAGAUUGGACAUUUGCAAUCAAGCAAGGCAGGGCGUCGCUCGCUGAAUUCGACAAACGCUACGUGCCCAACUCUUGCAUCUUGAACAAGACCCUUGUCAAGUUGAUCUUACGGCUUUUGAGUCUUUUCAGCGUGACUUCCAGCUUGUAUUUUGAGGAAAUGGAGCGGGUGGUACCCGAGGAGUACGAUGUCAUCAGCGCCGAGAUUGCCAACGUGUUGAGCCUGAAAUACCACCUGCGGUUGAGCAAGCUCAAAAGUUUUGCCUUGGUGGACCGCCGGUUUGCCGACGGGGAGGAUAUUGACUAUUUCCGACCGGGGAUCAUCAUCAAGUGCCUCGAGAUUGACACCGUGCGCCUGAAAUUCGCCAGUUUCUACGAGUUUCAAAAAAGGAUGGCUCAUGAUACACCGGUUAGAGAGAGAGGCUGCCACUUGAAUCGGCUCAUUGCCGACAAACUCAAAGAACGAUGUUUCUUUGACCUGCACACUUUUGGCAAACGAGUGCUCGAAGCACACCGGUACAUCAUUGAAGUUUACGAAAUUGUCGCGCACAUAAUCGAGAAUUACCCUCGCAUCGAAAUCACCACCAACGACUCUGUGCGAAAUCAAGAACUCGUGGACUCUUUGGGCACGUCACUAGACUUGCUCGAGGAGCGGUUCCAGGUGACCCUUUGGCUUGAUUGGACGAAAAUCCAACAGGGCUACGACUGGCGCGACUGCAAUUUUUACCCUGCAAACACCACCAAAUUGUUCAAGGACCGCCUCCAGGUGAAUGUGCAAAUGUGGGAGCACAGACACGAUACAGUGUUACCGCUGGUGCUCGCGGAGAAAAAACUAAAGCGAUAG